CGUUUGCACCCACGACCAGCCGGUGGAAGAUGACUUGAGCGGCGGACGGCUGGGGCAGCUUCCUCCCGCUUCAACUUUUCUCGGACCGAUAAGCAAGACGACUCGACAUGCUCACACGGGAAGCGUUAUUUUACACCAGCUCCGAGUUAGCAAGCCGCUGAGUUGUGUGUGAAAAGCCUCGUAAGACACCAUGGCAAACGUUAAAGUUGCCAUUCGCGUCCGUCCUCCCAACGCAAGGGAAAGUGCGGACGGAGGGAAGCUAGCGGUUCAGGUGGAGGAUAAAUUUGUGAGGGUCCAGAAUGUGAAGCUGGAUGGACGUACAGACGGUGCUGUGGAUUCCAGGGAGAAGCUUCUGGAGUUCUGUUUUGACUACUGCUACUGGUCGGCGGACCCUGCAGACCCUCACUAUGCCUCGCAAGAGGAGGUGUUCCAGGACCUGGGUGUGUUGGUGCUGUCCGGAGCUUCUGAGGGCUACAAUGUGUGUCUGUUUGCUUACGGCCAAACAGGAUCUGGAAAGACGUACACCAUGAUGGGGACACCGGACUCCAUUGGCUUGACACCUCGCAUCUGUCAGGGUCUCUUUAGGUCUGAGGACACUUGUCCUGAUGGACAAAAUUCAAGCAGAGUGGAGAUCAGCUUCCUGGAAAUCUAUAACGAGCGUGUGAGAGACUUGCUGAGAGGAGGAGAGCAGAAGAAGAGAGCCUCACUGAGAGUUCGAGAACACCCUGAGAAAGGACCCUAUGUACAAGACUUGUCACAACACGUGGUUUCAGACUGCAAGCAAGCCAUGGACCUUUUGGAGGAAGGCAUUGCCAACCGCAUCACCGCAGCAACCCACAACCAUGAUGCCAGCAGCAGGUCCCACGCCAUCUUCACCAUCCAGUACACACAGGCAAGCCUAGAAAAUAACCUUCCUUCGGAAACUGUCAGCAAGAUUAACCUUGUGGACUUGGCUGGGAGUGAGAGAGCAGACUCCCACUACUGCAGGGACAGACUGACAGAGGGCUCCAACAUCAACAAGUCACUGGUUACUUUGGGCAUUGUCAUUUCUGCUCUUGCCCAGAACUCCCAGAUGUCCAGCAGCUGCCAGAGCAUCAACAGCAUGGCCUCAGAGGGUGAUGGCAGCACGGUGGGUAGCCACAGCAGCUCCCUAUCUGGAGGAGGGAGGAGGCACUGCUUUAUCCCCUACAGAGACUCGGUCCUAACCUGGCUGCUGAAAGACAGCCUGGGAGGCAAUUCCAAGACCAUUAUGAUUGCAACGGUCUCACCUUCAGCUCACAGUUACAAUGAGACCCUCAGCACACUGCGCUAUGCUGCCCAUGCCAGAAAUAUUGUCAACAAGCCUCGGGUUAAUGAGGAUGCCAAUGUUCGGCUGAUCAGGGAACUGAGAGAGGAGAUUGACAGGCUGAAGAGCAUGCUGCUCAGCUUUGAAAUGCAGCGCAAUCCCAGUCCAUCCCUGAGUGAUGAGAGGGAUGGAAAUCUUUCUGACAUCGUGCUACAGAACGAACUAAAGGUGGAGCAGCUGACAAAGGACUGGUCGGAGAGCUGGAGAGACAAGAAGGAGCUGCUAGAGCAGUACAGUGUGGACAUCAACAGGGACCGGGCUGGCUUCCUCAUCAACUCCCUCCAACCCCACCUGGUUACCCUCGAUAGAGAUGUUCUCAGCACCGGGGUUGUCUUCUAUCACCUCAGGGAAGGAGUCACCCACAUUGGACCUCAGGACCAGUUUGAAGAGCCUCAAAUAGUUCUGCAGGGCAGUGCCAGCUGUGAGAUUGAAAACCGCGGAGGUGUGGUAACGCUCAGACCGCUGCCGGGCUGCUCCUGCCUGCUCAACGACAGAGAGGUCACUGAGCCCUGCAGACUGGCUCAAGGGAUGGUGAUCACUUUGGGAGGAGUGCAUAAGUUCCGCUUCAACCAUCCGGCAGAGGCAGCCGUCCUCCGGGAACGCAGACAUGCUAGUGAAGGUGGCAUGACCUGCACCUACAUUGACCUUUGCCCCUUGACCCCUGACCACAGCAUCGAAGAAGCACUCCAAGGGCAGCAGGGUGCCUCUCUCUCCCCCAGUGAGGAGCCUACUGUGAGGCAGCGUGUGGAGGAGCAGCAGCGCUACGUGGAGAGUUUGCGCCAGGAGAUCCAGGCUGCACAAAGACGGGCUGAGAGAGAGCUGGAGAGGGAGCAGGCCCACCUUCGACAGCAGCAUGCUGAGAUCCAGCAGUGGAUUUUACAAGAGAAACAGCGCCUGACUACUGUAGAGCAAAGAGUCACCCAAGAGUCUGGAGUUCAAACAGACGUUAUUCCUUCAUCCCUCCUUGAGCAGCUGACAAGUCAGGCAUCUGCAGGUCAGGAAGAUCUGACAGUGGGUCGUCCCUGCCAGGUGGUAAAAGCCAGGAAGAAGGCAGUGGAGGAGGAGCUACUAAAGCAUCACGCCCUUUGCCGUGCUGAAAGCCGUAUCCGUCGGAAAAGGCUGCACUACCAGCUGGAGAGAAUCGCCCGCAAGCGGCAUCUGUUGGAAGCUAAAAGGGAAUUGCAGCAGCUGGAAAAGGCCCUGCCUCCUGGACCAGACAGCCCCGAGUCUCCUGAACUGGGGUCACCAUCAAAGCUAAGAGGGCGACAAUUUGUUUCUCGUAGACACUCAUUCUCAGCAGAUCUUCUGUCCCGGCUCUACCCACAGCAUACCCCUAUCUUCAGACAUUUCCUGAAGAGAAACAGAUCCACAGAUCUGAGUUCAAAUUCCUCCACAACAUCUGAUUCAAUUGGCAGCAGGAAGUGGGUUUCGGAUGAGUGUCUUCCUCGGGAAAGGACUCAGAGUUGUUCCGGGACUACCGUCUCAGGACAAAGUCAGUCUUGCCAGAGCAGAGUCAGCUCUUCUGAAAACAUCAGACAAACUUCCAGAGAGGAACCACAAGCUCCGCCCUGUCGGGAACGGCCUGAAAGAAAACCUCUGCUGCCAAACCGAGAUCUGUCUUUUAAAAACAGAUCAGAUCAGAACUCAACAGUUACUCUGAAGUCGCCAGUUGGAACUACUGCGCUGCCAGUCAGCAAAGAAAAUACACAAGCAUCCACAACAGACGAACCCAUUUCUGAGACCGUCUCCUGUACGUCUGUGAAAACCCCAUCCCAUGCAGCUAACAGCGGACUGGAAACCACCAGGAAAUCUUUCUCUUGUUCUGUGGGGCCCAGGUUAAAAACAGCUCUGUCCAAAGUGUUCAGAAAACCACCAUCUGGUGCGAAUGGAGGACGAGGCCCCAAACCUUUGGGGAGGAUAGCAAGCAAAUUUCACUGGAGACAAAAAAGAGACAGGAGCCUAAAGGACGCCACAAUGAGCCGAAGCAAAUGUGCCAUUAAAACAGCCGUCUCCUGUGAGGAGCUUGACCAAAGGACUCUUUUUGAGGACAUUAGACAGAGGCGGUGGCAUAGUACAGAGGCUCUGAUGAAGCAGACAAGCAGAUGGGUGGAGAGGCAGCAGGGAUUGGUCAGAUGGGAGGAAGAGCAAGAAAAGAGGGAUGAAGGAACGUCAGACUGUGAGAGCCUUUUCUCUCUUGAUUCCCUGUCCUCUGCUUAUGCGACAGCUCUAGCAGAGCAGCUGAGACACGAGGAGGCAGCUCAGAGUGAAGCAGAAAGCGAAGACAGUCAAAUGUCUAAAGACUCCUUGGCUGUGGAAAGCAGUGUGAAAUACUCUACAAUGGAGAGACUUAGUCGAACAGUGGUACCAGCUUACUCACUGGUGACAGAUUCCUCUCAUCCAUCCAUGGGGCACAGCAGGAAUGCAGAGAGCAGUGUAGACUGGGGGAGCUGUCAGAAACCCCAGGAAUCCCCAGCAGAGGCUUCCUGGAGCCAGCGAGGUUCCCCAAAAUCGAGACAUAAAGGGGAAGUUGGUGCAGCGAGGAAUCCUCUGUUUCAAAUCCCGUUAUCCGCAGAUUCAGGAGGGAAAGACACUGUGCAAAAAUUGACUGAGGACUUCGGGAACAUGCAGACCGCUUCGACCAGCAGCCCACGCUCGCUGAGCAGCUGCAGUGUGAGGGAGCCUGAGAACUUGCUGGCGCUCACCGAUGCCUGGUCCUCCACCGAUGCAGCAGACAGUCCCAGGAUUCACGGGGAUUCCCUACCUUUCCAAAGAAAAGUGAUGUUCAGGCAUCAGAGCAGCAGUUGUUCCAGUCCGACCAGUAUGAACCUGUCAGACACUCAGAGCGGAUAUAGAAGCUGUAGCUCAACAUCCACCAGCACUGAUGGUGUUAAUAUAACAGUGCAGGAAUGCAGACUGGUGGUUUCAGAGGAGUCUCAGAUUCCGAUAACACAAGAAGAUGCACUGGUUUCAUGGAAUCAGAAAGAUGUAGAGCAACUAGGGCAACAGUCAGGGAAUGUGGAAACGACAGUUACAGAUACCCCAGAUUACACCAGCAGCAGAAGUCCAGCAUCUUCACCCACCUCAGAUCAGAUCACUUAUGUGUCACACACUGGGACUCCCCACACCUCACAAGCAACAUCAAACUUCCUUCAGGUGUUGACAGAGGCGCCUGAUUUGGCAGCUGGUGAUGUUACUAUGUCUUCUGACACUGAAUUGUGCACCUCAGUAAUGCAUUUCUCUACAAAUCCUACUAACCAAGGCCAAGUGCAGAUCAAGAUGUCUGAAGCUUUGAGUGCCUUCAAACUGUCCACUGAAGAUGAAUCACUAUGCAAUCUGCAUGGAACAAAAAAGUUUGAAAACGUGCAGCAGUAUGACUUUGAGAACACCAAAGAUUUAUCACUUGCAAGGGAUGAAACCAAAGGUACUGAGCAGUACAUUGCACUACAGCAGGAGCUUGUUAAAGUAGCUUGUAAAAAUUCCAGGAAGAGGAACAAAGACCAGCAGGAUGCUUUCAUGGGCGGCCUGAAAAUUCCAAAAAGGAGCAACAGCAGAGAGUUGGUAACUUUCUGCUCGACACCAGUUGGCAGCCACGAAGAUAUUUGGCCUGAUGACAAUAACAACACCAGUGACUCUAAAGGGGAGCAGUCUGCCGUGGAAACUGACAGCCAUGAAUAUGAUUCUGCUUGUGCUGAUGGCAGAGUUAGACAAGACAAAGUGGCUUCAGUGGCAUUGUCAGUUUCUGAUCCCAAGAGCACGAAACUUGGACAGGUCUUUGAGGACUCAAAAUGUGGCCUUAAAAGUGGUGACAAAAAUUCUCAGAGUGGUACCUCUGUGGGGGACAGAAAGGUAGUUGAAAAGGGAACUGUGACAAUAAAUGAAGUAGUUGUAGAAACAAAAGGGGGAGAGUUCCAAACUGAUAACCCCAGAAAACAUGAAGAAAAGAGAAAACACAUCUGCAAGUCAGAGGCUAUUUGCAGAUGCAUCGACCUGAGAAUCUCAGAAAUGGUGAAAGAGCAUGUGAGGCUGUCACUGAGUCAAAGCCUGAAUACCGUAACAUCAUCUGCGUGUCAUUUUGGCUGUAACAGUGAUGAACAUACAUUGACAGAGAAACAGCCGAGAGCUGAAAGAAGCGAUCAGGUGAAAGAAGGGACAAACCUCAGUGGACAUGCAUCCGUGGAAUGGACAAGCAAAGCCGCAGUGGGCAAAAGUGCGCACCUGGCCUCAGAUAGCACAGCUGAAUUGAGGACCAGCCAUGAGGGCAACAUCCUGAUAUCUACUGAAGUAAAACGACCAUUUAGUUUGUCCUCAAUCAGUGAUUCCACUUCAGCAAGAAAAUGCAUUCAUUCACAAGGAAACGCUGUGGAGAAAGAUGUUGUAUCUCAAGAAAUGAAGGAUGUAGAUAAUCAAAAUGUAACUUUCCAUCUUAAUUCUACCAUAAACACAUGUCUCAACAACCAGACCUGCUCUGAUGCCCCUGCUGUGGAUCCAGAUAACCCACAGCUUCACCAAAUACACCAUGAAACACCUUCCACCACUGGUGACACAAAAGUUAACUGUGGAUGUAGCCAUGUAGAGGCUGUCAGUUUGGGAGCUGCAUCCAGUGUUAAAGAUAAAGACCAUUAUUCAUACAAACAAAACUCACCAAAGACAUUUGAGCAACAUUUUGAGUGUAGUCCUGACAAAUCUGGAGCCACAAAAUUAUUAUCUGAUGGAGGAAGUCUUCAAUUCAAACUCACACUCAAUCGUAACAGCAACCAGAACACAUCCUGUGAUGAGGACGCCUCUGUGACAGGAUUUGCAGUUACUCCUGAUGGAAAUGGUGAAGCAGAGACCACAGCAGGAGGUAAAUCAUCUGUUGCAGCACAGGAUCAGUUUGGCCGUGCACAAACACGUUCGGAUAAUUUGGCUCAGACUUGUGUGGUCAAUAUGAAUUACAACAAGGGCCGCAAUUUAUCAAAUUCACAGAGCAAAUCUGAUAAACAUACUCAAGUUGACAGUAAAGGAAAAUGUGUGAUGAAAAAUGAUGAAGAAACACUGACCUACCAGUCUGAAACACAGGUUCCAGAGAUCUUGGCAGAAUUAAAAUAUGAAACAAGUAUUUCUGGUUCCAUACAGCCUCUCCACAAAAUACCACAGGGAAAUUGUGUCAGAAAUACAAGUUGCUAUGGAUCUCUCAUGGCCAGAGAGGAUGAUGCAAACCUAUCUGGUGGCACACAAGGUCAUUCUGCUCUUAUGUCUAAAAAGGCCAAGGCUAAGAGAUUCAGAAGGUCUAAGAUCCAGACUCAUCCCACCACCUCCUCGGAGUCGUCCCUUAAAUCAUCAGAUGAGGACGAGGAUGAGGAGGAUGAUAAAACCACCAGAGUGCAUCACAACCGGCUCUCAUCUAAAUGGGUGAAGCUCACCACACAGAGUAAUGGUAAACAAGAAGUCAUAAAGGCUAGAAGUAAGAAUGCAGAUGCCUCUAUGUCGUUCUCAGUAAGCAAAACUAAAAUGAAGACUUGUUCUGCUGGACCUCCAGGUAAAAGUGAGGUUAAGUAUAGUCGAGAUUACAGCCAAAAAAGACACUCGUUACCCCCUCAAGCAAUGUCACACAAUGCCAACGCAGAAAAAAUCAUUCCGUAUGCAAAGAAAAGUGAACCACAACAUACACUGAAGUCUCAGGACUCCCCUAUGCAUUUUGCCUCGAGUGACAUCAACCCUUUUGUUCAUCAGUGGCAAGACGACGACUCAGACCAGCACUGUUAUAAGAACCCGUCUUUCGGGAGUGCUGCUGACCUGUCCUGCAAAUCUCCGCUUUUAAACAGUGCUGAAAAACGUAUUACGAGAUGCUGCAGUGUUGACAACGGCUUGAAUGGACAGGACUCUCCUUUCAAUUCCCAUCUCAGCACUUACGCCACCAACAAGGGGCUCUCCAGCACACUUAGCAGCGUGGAAGAUUAUAAGGAACAAGCGAACAAAACCUCUCAGCUUUCACCCUGUCAGCAGACAUCUGCUGAUAUUCACAGUCAUUUAGCCAGUCUGACAGUGAGUGGCAGUUCUUCAAGUAAUGAUGUUCCUGGUGGUUUUGGUAACAACUCCAGUCAUGUGGAUAAAAUUAUGUAUGUUUACUCGUCUGAGCAAGAGUCCCAGGCGAGCAAAACACAGGCCCAAAGGAGGAGGACGUGUGAACACGGCACUCAGACUGUGUGUGAGCUUCAAACAGUACAUUUCACAAACAGUAGUUCUGCUCCAAAGAGGAAAGAUCGUCACAAGAGGAGCAACACGGAUUUACCUGUGACACAGAAACCCAAAAUGGACAUUAAAGAAUCUCCCACGUGGGCCAGCAUGGAAAGCAUGUCGGCUCACCUCUCCAAGCUCAUCGACAGCACCUCAGACCUGCUGGGAGAUGUCCAGGGAAUGAGAACAGGUGAAGUCCGUAGGUCCAGUCCAAGGAGGAGUGUCAACUUGUCACAUCUUAGCAUCUCUUACAGUGACUCUAAUGACUGCACUAAGAGAGACUGCUCAACUCAGACAGCUGUAGAUGUUGGGAUCCAGACAGAAAAGCUUUUAACGCCAGCGGAGAAGGAAGUCACUGUUCAUCAAACACCCAGUGAAAAGUCCAGAUCUCAUGAGGUCAAUGUGAUAGUCAAAGUCAUUGGUUCUGAGGCUGUCAGUGUGUCUCAAGACAAGGAUGUGCACUGCGUGGUGAAAACUAAAGCCAGCACAGAUGAAAAGAUGCAGAGCAUGCCUGACCUGAGGUUUAACACCCCUGCUGCCUCACAAUCAGAGAAUUUCCCUCUCAAAACACCUCCUGUAAAGACUGCAGCUGAAUGUCAAAGACGUGUAAGAUCUGCUUCUUCGCGAGGCUCAAAGCAGAGCACGUCGGAGGCACUGUGCCGCAAAAGUGUUGCAGUGUCUGAAAUCACCCAUAGAUCAUCACGAAAUGGCUACCAAGAAAAUCACAGUUCGUCUGUAAGAAACGAUCCGUCUCCUUGUUCAAAGAAACAGGCCACGUACAAAGAUCGUGCAUCAUCUCCCAUUCUGACGGUGGGGGCGAGAUUACGUUUGAAGCAGAAAGGAAAACAAUCAACGCCAAGUCCUUUGAAAUAUAUGGGCGGAAAAACAAACCAUGCCUCUGAGGAAGACAGUCCUACCGUGCCUUCCAGCAAACAGUCAGUGUGCGCAUCUGUCUCAGACGAUGAUCAAAUGCACGCACCAGACUGUGAUGUUUCCUUUAGUCGAUCAGAAUCUGUGUCACUUGAAAAGGUGAGUGAGAUGAGUUGUUCAGGCCCUAAAGGAUUAGAUAAAUGCUCAACAAGCCUUAGUUCAUCACUUCAUAGAUACACAGACACUGACAAGAGAAAUGUUACCUAUGAAGACAACGGCAGCCACCUUCCCAGUUCAACAUGGCAGAUGACCUCUCCACAACUGAGGACUUGUGUUUUUACAAAAGCUUUAACUUUGCACAACCACAUCUCUCCCAUAUUACGACACACUGAUGUGCACAAGCAGCAGACGAAAGCCAGACAUGGGAAACCAUCAGGCUACGCAAGACAAGACGCAGUUGAUUCUGUGGAUUUUUGCAUUGACCCUUACAACCCAUCACCAGUCAGCGACAGGACUGUUCAACUUCAGGAGGAUGACAUGGUGUCACUGGCGCCCAGUGAGUGCAACACAGAUGUCCUUGUGAAUAUUAAACCUGCCACCAGCGUGUCCCCAUGUCAAGACCACCAGAUAGUCCCAGAAGACCUGCCCAUGCACAACAAGUUCACCAACUGGUCAGGCAUCAACCAUCAACAAUCCAAACACUCCAACAAACCGGUCACAUUGCUUAACAACGGCCAUGACAAGAGCAGAAGCUGUGCUGAAUGGGCUGAGAUAGAAAGUUACGGCUCAAAUGUGGAGUCGGUGGCGCAAAGUGACAGAAGGACAAAAGAGAUAGAGAGGCUGCGACAGGAGAGAGAGCAGGUGAUGGCAACGGUCAGCCUCAGCGUUAACCCAACGCCUCUGACUGUGGAGCUGACGGAGGCAAAGCUCCACUAUGGGCUGGGAGAGACAGAUACUCUGUUAAAGAUGCUGUCCCCGAGGUCCAAAGAAGAGCCGCCAACCUCUGCUCUUACGAAACAGCAGCUGUAUGAUCGACACCGUAGGAGUAUUGAGGGAUUGAGGCAGGAGAGGGAGGAGCGACUCCAGACUUACCGGAGAGCUCGUAGUCUGAGUCCCAGCAAACACCCUGGCGCUUCUCCUCAAGAGGCUGCCUCCCCCUCCAAGGUGCCUGCCGCCAUGCCCAGUCGCCGUAAAGAGUACCUACAACAGCUCCGCCAAGAGGUGAUAGAUAGCACCAGAAUACCAAAUCCUCCAAGAGGAGGGAGCCAGUAUCCCUCUGACAUUGAGCAGUUGUUGCGUGACUACGGACGAGCCCGGGAAGAAGCCAGGACAGAGAUCGCGAAGGCACGAGAACGACUGCGAGAGAGGACCGAGCAGGAGAAGAGGAGGCUCCAGCAGCAGGCCCUGACUCAGGAAGCAAAGGAUGACCUGAGGCAUCGGACAAGAAUCAGUAACAGCACCUUGUGCACUGGAUCUAGCCUGAGUCUUUCCUCUGGACCCACAUCAGGAUACAACAGUGGCAACACCGUCCAACUACAGCACAGUAAUAGACCAGUUCUGACUGGACAGACUGCAGGGUUUCAGGAUGAAGGGCUGAAGGUCAGGACACGUCCUCCUAUAUGUGGUCCUCAAAGUGUGAAGACACAGAGAGUCUGGCUGUCUGCCCAGGAUGUCCACCUCGAGCCCUCUGUCACCGGGUUUGAGCCACUGCUGACUUCAUCUCCAUCGCCUCCCACCUGUGCACGUCAACGCACCGCUUCCUUUGGCUCCUCCUCUUCCAUAUCUACAACCUAUCAGGAUAUCACAUCCCCACUCCUUGGGCGAGCUCUUGCUGAGGUACGACUAGCUUCUGCUGGAGAUUUAACUAGCCUGGUGACGGGCAAGGCCACAGCAGGCUGGAGGUACCAAGGAGAAGAGCGAGGUAUCCAGGCUUUCUAUAAACCCUCCUCCAGCCCGUCUGUCCAUGGUUUCUUGGGGGCCGGGGAGUUGGAGAGGCCCCUGGACAGCCUGUGGAACAUAAUCUGCCAGCUGUCCAAGAGCCACGUGUAUAAUCAGUCAGUUCGUUCUGUCUGGACGCGACCACUAGAUGACAGCACUCAGCUGGUCUAUAUACUAACGGAUCCGUCCGCCUGCCACCUCAGCCAGCCGCGGGACUUCUGCUGCAUCAGCACUGAGUCCAAACAGGGCGGCCUGUACGUGCUGGCUAUGCAGUCAGUGUUUGAGGAGUCUCUGCCUCGUCCCAGUGUGGAUGCUGUCCGAGGGGAAAUGAUGCCCAGUUGCUGGGUCCUUCAGCCAGUUAGACGCGGUGGAAAAGAAGUCACCAGGGUCACCUACCUGCUGCAGGUGGACCUGGGGACUCCGUCCUUUCCUCCCAGACUCUUGAACACUGUUGCCAGAAGACAGGCAGCUGUCAUCGCCGAUCUUGACGUUUUCCUUGCUUCGUAAAUCCACCGGACACAUGAAGAAACGCUAGCAGUGAGCACUUAGACUGAACUCUCUCCAGCAUGGAGUUAGUCCGUCUUGUCUUUUGAAUUUGCACCUGAAAUUUAUUUACUUGACUUUUUGUACUUCAAGAGCACUGUUAUAUAUUGAUUCCCAGUCACAAAGUUGAAGCAGCUUUUUUUUCUAUGAAGGUAUUUUGAUUUAAGAUAUUGAAACUUUUAUUUUUAUAUUCGUACAUGUACAUGAAUGCUUUUAACAAUCACAAUCCUCUUUUUACCAAAGAUCGAUUAGAAGUCUAAGGGCUUUUGGCGUGGCACAUUUAGUGGAUUGUAUUUAGGUUUAGACAGAGUCAUCAAAUCAUUUGAUUCAUUUGAUGAAGUAGCUUGUUAAUUCUUUUUAUAACCUGAUGAGUACCAGCCACUGAGCUUUCUUAAUGCCUUUAAGCAAUAUGGUGUCUCUUGACUCCUGCUAUAUUGUAACAUGGACAGCCAAAUAUGUUAAAGUCAAGGUUGUUUAAACUGGAGUUUAAUAGUGGGUCAAUAGACAACUGUGAUGUUGUGAUGUAUAUUUUUCUAUCAGUCUAUGUUAGAUAGGUGCACACAGAUUUGUAGUUACAAGGGCAUGUCAGUACACCUGAGAUUAAUCCCAUACACAUAAGACAGCAUCACUUUGUGCCAGAUCUGGGGUCAAAGAUUUUUGCAAGCACUUGCUUUAUUUUUAACCUGUUUAGGCAGAGCAUGAGAGACAUUUACCAGAUAUUAAAGCUGGAACACUGAGACACAUUUACAAGGGAAAGUAUAGUUGAAUUACUUCUUGUGAAAAAAGUAGCACCUGAAUUUUCUGGACAGGUUGAACCACAUCCAAACAUAUGAAGGAAAUAUUUGCAGAUACUGUUCAGCUCUGAUUUGGUGCCGUACAUGCAUAUACUUAUUUCCCCAGACACUGCAUAUUUUAACCACUCUGUGACCUUAAUUCUGCAGAAAAUGAACUUCAGAUGACCUUCACCAGUUUUUCAGCAAAAAAGGGGGACAGAUAAUUAUAUGUAAAGGACUGUGCAAAAAUUAAUAGGGAAGAGAGGGAGUCAGACAAGAAGCAGUGUGUAGUAAUGUUAAUUUUGACUGAUGACAGGUUAGUGUUACUUAUUUGGGGAGAGUAGUGGAAGGUCUUUAAUUCUUUUUUCAUCCUAAAUUAACAUUUUAUUUUAGCCCUCGUCGUGAACCCUGGUUCAUAAAGGUGCACCGUUUUGUCUCUAUCAGUGUUUAAUUAUUUAAAUGUAUUUGGUGGUGCACAUGAGAAGUUCCAUUAAUUUAUUACAGGUUUGAGCAGAGAACACGAUUAGAUAAGUUAUACAGAUUUUAAACUGUUUUUGACAUGUUGCAGGGAGGAUGUUGAAGUUUUUUCUAAGUCAAGAGGAGGCUUCAAACAAAACAUCAAUAGCCCUGGGGAGUGCCUUACUUUUUGACACAGUGAAAUAUAAGGUUUAGGCCGUCUCACUUACCCAAUAAUUUUUGUACAGUCCCCUGAUCUGUGUAUUGAGGGAAGGUAAAGAAUUAUUUAUUUAGUCUUAGGCAGUUAUUUGUAAUAUAUGUGUUUAUCUGUAUGAGCACUGCAGAUUUUAACCAUUUAGCAGGUUCCUCUCUCUCUGCAGAAAAUCUGAUCUAGUUAACUAAAACAAGUCAAAGGGCACGUAGGCAGAUCAACUUUGAACCAAAGGCUGGUUUACGCUGGUUUAAGUGUUCACAAACAUGUGGCCUGCUGAAGUGUCCUUGAGCAAGAUAACUGAAGUCACCCACCAGUCCCAGGGGUGAUGCGCUGUAGCUGACCCCAGACUUCUGACCUCCCUUUUUUUCCCAUUAGAACUUUAUGGUACCCUAAAUCUGCAUAAGCUAAGUUUUUUUUUGGGGCUUUUGUUCUCACCUGUUUCUAAAGUCUGUUGUAUUUAUUUUGACCCUCUUGCCCUCUGUUUGAAAUGCUGUUGAAUGUGUUUUAUAGUUGUCUUUGAUGAGCAAAGCGCGCUGCUUGCACAAAACUGUUUAUGCAUUUACGACUGUUACAUAUUAAAAAGUUUUUUUUUUUUUUGUAUUUUGUACAGUGUUGAAACUAUGCAGAAGCUGAUCAAAGGCAGCACUGCUCUCAGUCGAAGCUGGGUCAGCUGUUUCCAUAUAUGAAGCCAUAUUAUUUACAGUAGUUGAAGGUUCAGGAGUGUUUCGGCUCUGCUGCAGCAGCACUGCUCAGUUUAUGACUAAAGAUGUUCCCAGGGGAACCAAAGAGAAAGAGACAAAAAUACUGAAGACAGAGUGAAGGAACGCAAAGACAACUUUUGUACUGAUUUCCUUUUUUUAAUGCGCAUCUAUAUAUUCUGAAGUGCUCAUUCCAUUGUGUAAAAAACAUUGUUAUUUAUGUUUUGACAAUGUGUUGUAAAUGUAUUUUAUUUUAUUUUAAACACCGUGCUUCCUGUUGCUAAUACGAUGUUACCUGGCCCAUGUGUUUGGCCAUUUUUCUAAUGAAAACAAUACAUAUUUUUAAGUGAAUUGUUGUUUUCCCAUUUAUGGACUUGUUUAUCACCUGUUUAUGUGUUUAUGCUUUAAUGUCAAAGUUGUUCUUUGAUGGACAGUUUGGGAUUUUAAAAAUAAUUUUCCAAUUUCAGACAGAUUUAUUCAAGCAAAGUUAUUGUGUUUAUACAACAAUUAGCAUUUUGGAAGUUGAGUUUUUUUUGUUAAAUGUAAAAAAAACUUUUGUAGAAUAAUAUUUUAAUAUUCCUCAAAGUAAAUAUCUUUGUGCUUUUAGACCUGAAAAUCAGUUACUGUAUCAGCACCAUUAUCAAAAAUUGUCAGAUGAUACCCAGCCCUGGCUCUGAGUGGUCCACACUUUCAUCAACAUUGUGUUUCAGUUGGUGUAGACUUAAUACACAAUAUAACUCCAUUAUAUUACUGUUUGUAACUGUAUAUUUUGAAUGCUUCUCAAUUAUACACAUUCAAAUUGAAAUUAUAG